AAGUCCCAAGCCGACAGCUGUCAAAAGUAUUGCCCACUGCCCAGGGGCUUAAUUAUUUGAUUCACUGUUUGUACCUUGUCUCAAUACUUUCUUAAAAUUACGAAUUGAAGGUAUGUUAUAAAUUGUUUUAUAUUAGUGACUUAUGAAGAUAAUCUCAUCCUGAAAAAAGGGGGCUAUGAGAAACAACAUCAGCGGAUAAGCAAAUUUUACAAUUUGUUGCAAACACGACAAGAAAAGGAACUAAAAUGCAAACUAUUAAGUGUGUUGUGGUUGGAGAUGGAGCAGUGGGAAAGACUUGCUUGCUAAUCAGCUACACAACAAAUAAAUUCCCAUCAGAAUAUGUGCCAACAGUAUUUGAUAAUUAUGCAGUCACUGUCAUGAUUGGGGGAGAGCCAUACACCCUUGGUCUGUUUGAUACUGCAGGACAGGAAGAUUACGAUAGGCUUAGACCUCUAAGUUACCCACAAACAGACGUUUUCCUUGUUUGCUUCAGUGUAGUGAGUCCAAGUUCUUUUGAAAAUGUUAAAGAAAAGUGGGUACCUGAAAUAACUCAUCAUCAGCAAAAGACACCAUUCCUUUUGGUGGGUACACAGAUAGAUUUACGAGAUGAUCCAGGAACCAUGGAAAAAUUGGCCAAAAUCAAACAAAAGCCAGUGUCGUUAGAACAAGGAGAGAAACUUGCAAAGGAACUUAAGGCAGUGAAAUAUGUAGAAUGCUCAGCUUUGACACAGAAAGGAUUGAAGAAUGUGUUUGAUGAAGCCAUUUUGGCUGCACUGGAGCCUCCAGAACCUGUAAAAAGAAGGAAAUGUGUCAUGCUGUAAGAUUAACCAGCUUUCCCUUGUCUCAUGCGCUUUUUCUGAUUCAGUGUGCGAGGCUUUUUAUUACUGUAAUAUUUGACUUUUAAAAGCUCAUUAACAAAUAUGAUAUAAUAGAAAUACAUGUUUAAAUAGGAUACAUGUGUCAAUAUUACAGUAUAUAGGGUAGCAAAUAAUCUUGAGAUUGGCUGCCAUACAAUUUGAAAGUUUUCCAAUUUGACAAUUUUAUACCACUUACAUUGCUCUUAUGUAAACUAGUUUUAAGCAAUUGUAUUAGAACCAUUUUGUUUGAAGUUAUCCACCAUAUAAUUUAAUGGUUCAAAUUUGAUGGUAUUUUAAAAUAAUUAUUUAUAUUUCUAUCACAUUUUAAACAAUUUUUUAAAAGACUUUUUAGAUACUAUUUUGAUUACUUGACAUUUUAUGAGAGGCUGAGUAUUCUGUAUAAUAUAAACAAAGUUAAUACUUAAUAAUUGUUUUAAAAUUUUUUGAUAAACAAACUAAGGAAAUUAUUGGUCUCUAUGAAAAGUAUGUUAUUUUAACUUUAUUAUGUACAUUGAAUUAACAUAUUAUCUAUUUAAAUCAUAUGAAUUCUUUACUUCUGUAUCAUUUAAAAUAGUAUUUUAGUAUCUCAUGAUAUAAAAAGUUAAACCAUUAUAUUAUAAUGACCAUUGAUUGCAUUUCAAUUUACAAUUUAUUUAUAUCAAAGCAUUUUAAUUAUUAUAUAGUAUUGAUUUUUAAUAAUGAUGGAUUGGAAAUAAUUGAACUUCUCAGUCUCUCUAGUAAUAACUUCAUACAUUUAUUUAUGGCAUUGAUUGAAUUUUGAUUUAAUUAUAAAUAAGUGGUUAAACUGUUGAACAACUUAUUUUAUUACCCUUAUAAGUUUCGGGUAUGAUAGAUGCAACUAAGAAGCAUUUUUUACUAAUUGCUUACUGCUUAGAAUAUGAUAUCUGUUAAAUUUUGUAGGGACAGGUUCAAGAAAAUGUAUUAUCUUUGUGAUAAAGGGAAUGAAAGUUUUUAUUGCGCUAUUAAAUCAAUAACUCUUGGUAUGGGCUUAGGUAUAGAUAAUAACUAAGGAAAAAAUAACUGUUACUAUAAAUGCAGUCAAAUAGACUGAAUUCAAUAAUUUCAUUCCAUGUUACUAUUUAAUUUAUUAUUAUUGAUACAUGUAAGAUUUUGAAAUACCUUUACAUUUGGAUAAUUCUACUGUUCAAAAUUUUUGAAUUUAGGUUUACCACUGCCAUUUUCUCUAAACGCACAUGUCUUAAGUGCCAAAUCUCUAGUUUUAUAGGUCUAAAGCUAGCCCCACCAGUUUUUUUUUUAAUUUAUCUAAGCCUAAUCUAUAACUUUAAAGCGCAGAUUAACGCAAGACCAAAGUACCACAAACCUACCUAACCCAACCUACCUGUAGCGCUGUACCGCCUAAUGCUUAAGUUGAAAUAAUUAGGAAAAGCUUGGUAUCACUUAUCUGUAUGUCAGAUAAGUUUGUGACACCUCACAACUAAUUUAAUUUUGAUGACGUUCGCAAUUUUCAAAUAUCAUAUUACAUAGCAGUAUAUUAUAGUAUGGUUAAGGUAAGCAUAAAAGAAUGAUAUAGCAUCACAUUAAUAUUUUUAUUUCACACAUAAAUCCAGGUGUACCGAAAUUUUCAUUUUACCAUUUAUUUUAUUUUAAAGAAGCAUCUUAUAAAAUAUACUAAAGAAAAGUUAGCCUCGUGAAUAAUUGAUAUAAUAUAUGACUUGCAUACAAUGCGUGAAAACAUUUUUUUUUCUUAUCUUUGUAUUAUCUGUCUGGUUUUAUUAAUGACUAGUUCAAUUAAGAAAUUUACAGUAAGAAUAAGAAUUAAGUUGAAUUAUAUUAAUAAAUUUGAAACAGUA